AUGAGCCCGCCUGCACAAAUCCCCGACUAUACCAUCCUACCAAUAACUCUCCCGGCCACGCUCCUCGUCGGAGCUGCCACGCACUACCUCUACCUGCGCAGGCACGCCCCCAAGCAGCCUGCGCCACACGACCCGCGCUCAUUAUUCGUCGUGAACGUCCCCGUUGACGCCACGACUGCACACCUCCGUGCGCUAUUCACCGGGAUCGGUGGUGGGCGGGUGGAGAAAGUGGUUUUCGAUGGGGACAGAGGAGCUACAUGUGGGAUUGGGAAGCGGAAGCGUCACCUUGCGCAUGAAGUCGGAGAUGGAGGGGAAGUAUGGGAUAGACAAUUGUGUAAAAGCGGGAGUACAGCUGUAGUUGUCUUCGUGGAUAAGCCGAGUAUGGACGUGUCCAUGAAAACCGCCAGAAAGCUCUCCAAGACGAGAGUGGUUUGGGGUGAUGGGAUUAGCGAGGGGGUGAAUAUACCUGCGCUCGGGAUACCACGCUACCUGGCACAUCAUAACCUAACACACCCUUCUAAAACCCACCUACAAGCCUCGGUAAACACAUUCAUAGCUGCCUUCGAAGCGGAGGAGAGAGUUAGACUCCGCGCGCUUGCAAAGCGCAGACGGGAGCCCGACGAUGACGGAUUCAUCACUGUCGUUCGAGGAGGGAGAACGGCACCGGCUCGACAGGAGGAGGCGAAUGCAGUACUUGAGAAGAAGGGGAAGGAUAAGCAUGAAGGGUUUUACAGAUUCCAGGUGCGCCAAGAGAGGAAGAACCGGCAGAUGGAGUUACUGAAGAAGUUUGAGGAGGAUAAGAAGAGAGUUGCUGACAGGAAGAAUUUGAGGAGGUUUAAGCCGCUGUGA